UUGAAGCAGCCGAGCACCAUAAUAUCCCACGCGUUUAUCGAGACCGCUGCUUACGAUACAAACGCAACGACCAGCACAACUCAUCCAUAUUAGGCCCGUAUUCAGUCGAAGUGCACUGCACCGAGGUUGGAACCAGUACCCCUUGAAUAGUAUUACAAAUUUCAGAUUCGAACGGAAGCGUCGCGAAGGGGCCGCAUCAUCGGAUCAGUUUUCUUAUUGUUAUUGCGAGUAGCAACGCUAGCAGCUGUUUUCCGCGGGGGAAUGGCGGCAGCUGCGGUCCUUCAGGUGGCAGAGUCGAAAUCUCCGACCAGCCGUCACGAUUACCCGACAGAUUCCGCCGCACCUUCCGCCGCAUCAACCUCUGCGGCGCACAAGUCGGCGUUCCGAGGCGAUCUCCCAAUGGAUCCCUCGUCUCUCGCCGCCGCCAGAUCCGGCGGCUCCGCCGUUGGCGGCGCAGAUGGAAGGCCCGUCGCGUACGCGGCUUAUACGCAUGAGACAAAAGCGACGGCGAUUGUAGCGGCGAGAGAGCGAAAAGCGACUGUAGCGACCGAGCGACGGAACAUACGUGUAACGAACGACAGCUACGACCACGACUCCGAGUCGGCUGACUGGACCAGGACUUCCUGCUACACUUCUAGCGAAGAUAUUCACACCGUUGUUAGCGCUACUACUGCUACCGAAGCCUCCCAUAUCGAGAGAAUCCCGCGGUUUCCAGCGAGGGGCUCCGCGGCUGCUGGCGGCGCCGCCGGUGGGGGCGCGUGCCACCGAACCUACUCGGUUCGGCCCAAACGUCAGCCCGUGCUUCGGCACGCGGCGGAGGUGAUUCUUUUUCCCAGGGCGAGCUUCCAUCGUGCAAGCGACCGUCGCGGCGCCGCCGACUCGGCGGACCACUACAACUACAACUCCGAGUCAGGUCACAGCCAGCCGAGUCGCCCGCGACUCGGGGUCGGCCAGUCCACGCGCCGCGCUUUGACUCGGUCGGCGUCGUUCGUCGGAGGCGACUCGGGGGCACUGUCCAGUUCAGACUCGUCUUUCGCUUUCCACGUCAGCGCCUCCGGAACCGCCAUCGUCGCUACUGGCAGUGCCGCCGCCGGAGACGCCGCAUCGGCCGCCGCAUCGCCGGAGGCCAUGUCGGCGGAGGCGGCGGCGGCGGCGGUGGUGGCAGCGGGGCAGUCAUCACCGGUUUACUCGGCUGCAGAAACCGGCGGAGAGGGAACGCCCACGCCCAGCUCCAUGGGGUCUCGAUCUCCCUCUCGAGCGCCGUCAGAUGCGGCGGCGGCGACGGCGGCGGCGCAAACCGUUUCUCCCGGGAAAGGGGCUUCCGGUUCCUUCGCUAUAGGAAGCCGCGGCGGCCCCCGCUCCCCGACUCCGCCCACCUCCCCCGCCGUUCCGCGGACCCCCAGCCUCUGCCUUCCCCCUUCACCUGCCUCCUCCCGGCGUACCCAGCCUCCGCCCUCGCCGUCUUACGCUUCCGCCCGCCCACUUCCGCCGACUUCCCCUUCCGUCUCCCCCCGCAGGCCUCGCCCGUUUCCUCCCCUUGCGAUUCGCCCUCGUCGUCGUUCUCGUUCGCCGUCCCUCGGGCGACGUCGCACGAGUAUCGAGCCGCGGUGGCGGCGACGAUUAACGGCGUCUCCGGUAGCGGCGGCGGCGGCGGCGGAAUUGGCGGCAGCAAAUCCGGGCAGCAGGGAAAGCUUCUUCGCAGCGUGAGCAGCCAAUGGGACAGCUCGUCGCGCAGCCUCCGGGCAGGGCGGAAUCUUGCUGGAAGCAGCCCGAACCGGAUGCUGUCAGUCAACGUGCAUCUGCAGGCAGCAAUCGCGUGUGUAGCGACUGACUCAGCAUCCGUCGCAGCUGACUCAUCAUCUGCUGCGGCUGAGUCACCAUGUGUCGCGGAAGCGUCCCCCUCUGCGCCUCCUGCUGCCGCCCGGAGUGCGACAGCUGGCGGCAUCCUGCGACGUGGCGGGCUGAAGCGCAUGCCGUCGCUUGACACCAUGUCAUCGCCUGCGUAUGCCACGUCGCCACCGUCCCCCGCCAGCUCACCACUCACCAGAGCUGCUGCUGCUGCUGGUGGUGCUGGUGGUGCUGCAUCUAGCACGGCCAGUGCUGGUGUCAACGAUACUGCAUACACCACUGCUGCUGCAGCUAUUUCUGCAUCUUCUGCCGCACAUCACUCCCGCGGUCUCUCACUCGGCGACUCCCCCCCCACCCCGUCCCUCGGGGAAUCCCCU